AUGACAGAGAAGUUCCAGUGUGUGUUUGAGGGGAUUGCUAAAGCUGGAAACUCAACCCUUCUGAAUGAGAUCUACACAGAGCUCUACAUCACAGAGGGAGGGACUGCAGAGGACAAGGAUGAACAUGAGGUCAGACAGAUUGAAACAACAUCCAGGAAACCACACAGAGCAGAAAGAAGCAUCAGACAAGAAGACCUCUUUAAAGCCUCACCUGGAAGACAUGGACCAAUCAGAAGAGUGAUGACAAAGGGAGUGGCCGGCAUUGGGAAAACAGUCUUAACACAGAAGUUCACUCUGGACUGGGCUGAAGACAAAGCCAACCAGGACAUCCUCUUCAUAUUUCCACUGACUUUCAGAGAGCUGAAUGUGGUGAAAGAGAGAAAGUUCAGCUUGGUGGAACUUGUUCAUCACUUCUUCACUGAAACCAAAGAAGCAGGAAUCUGCAGCUUUGAAGACUUCCAGGUUGUAUUCAUCUUUGACGGUCUGGAUGAGUGUCGACUUCCUCUGGACUUCCACAACACUGAGAUCCUGACUGAUGUUACAGAGUCCACCUCAGUGGAUGUGCUGCUGACAAACCUCAUCAGGGGGAAACUGCUUCCCUCUGCUCGCCUCUGGAUAACCACACGACCUGCAGCAGCCAAUCAGAUCCCUCCUGAGUGUGUUGACAUGGUGACAGAGGUCAGAGGGUUCACUGACCCCCAGAAGGAGGAGUACUUCAGGAAGAGGUUCAGAGAUGAGGAGCAGGCCAGCAGCAUCAUCUCCCACAUCAAGACAUCACGAAGCCUCCACAUCAUGUGUCACAUCCCAGUCUUCUGCUGGAUCACUGCUACAAUUCUGGAGGAUGUGUUGGAAACCAGAGACGGAGGAGAGCUUCCCAAGAGCCUGACUGAGAUGUACAUCCACUUCCUGGUGGUUCAGGCCAAAGUCAAGAAGGUCAAGUAUGAUGGAGGAGCUGAGACAGAUCCACACUGGGAUGAAAAGAGCAGGAAGAUGAUUGAGUCUCUGGGAAAACUGGCUUUUGAUCACCUGCUGAAAGGAAACCUGAUCUUCUAUGAAUCAGACCUGACAGAGUGUGGCAUCGAUAUCAGAGCAGCCUCAGUGUACUCAGGAGUGUUCACACAGAUCUUUAAAGAGGCGAGAGGCCUGUACCAGGACAAGGUGUUCUGCUUCGUCCAUCUGAGCGUUCAGGAGUUUCUGGCUGCAGUCUACAUGAUCCACUGUUACACCAACAGGAAGACAAAGAAGCUGCAAGACUUCCUGGGAAGACACUACAAUAACUCACCUCUGGAUGAGUUUCUGAACAGAGUCAUGGUUAAAUCCCUGGAGAGUAAAAAUGGUCACCUGGACCUGUUAGUUCGCUUCCUUCAUGGCCUCUCUCUGGAGUCCAACCAGAGACUCUUAGGAGGUCUGCUGGGUCAGACAGAGAACAGUCCAAAGAUCAUCCAGAGAACCAUCAACAACCUGAAGAAGAUGAACAUUGAUAAAAUGUCUCCUGACAGAAGCAUCAACAUCUUCCACUGUCUGAUGGAGAUCAACGACCUCUCAGUUCAUCAGGAGAUCCAAGAGUUCCUGAAGUCAGAGAACAGAUCAAAGAAGGAACUCUCUGUGAUCCACUGCUCAGCUCUGGCCUACAUGCUGCAGAUGUCAGAGGAGGUUCUGGAUGAGUUGGACCUGGAUCAAUACAAAACAUCAAAGGAGGGACGACAGAGACUGAUCCCAGCUGUGAGGAACUGCAGAAAGGCUCGACUUGUUGCCUGUGGACUCUCAGAGAGUCACUGUGAAGUCGUGGCCUCAGCUCUGAAGUCCAACCCCUCCCAUCUGAAACAUCUGGACCUGAGUAGAAACAACCUGGAGGAUUCAGGAGUGAAGCAUCUGUCUGCUGGACUGGAGAGUCCAAACUGUAAACUGGAGACUCUGAGGUUGUUGAGCUGCAGUUUGUCAGAGAUCAGCUGUGAUUCUCUGGUCUCAGCUCUGAAGUCCAACCCCUCCCAUCUGAAACAUCUGAACCUGAGUUACAACAACCUGAAGGAUUCAGGAGUGAAGCAGCUGUGUGGUUUUCUGGAGAGUCCAGACUGUAGACUGGAUACUCUGGAGUUGAUUAACUGCAGGUUGUCAGAGAUCAGCUGUUAUUCUCUGGGACCAGCUCUGAAGUCCAACCCCUCCCAUCUGAAACUUCUGCACCUGAGUGAAAACAACCUGAAGGAUUCAGGAGUGAAGCAGCUGUGUGGUUUUCUGGAGAGUCCAGACUGUAGACUGGAGACUCUGAGGUUGUUGAGCUGCAGUUUGUCAGAGAUCAGCUGUGAUUCUCUGGGACCAGCUCUGAAGUCCAACCCCUCCCAUCUGAAACAUCUGAACCUGAGCUUCAACAACCUGAAGGAUUCAGGAGUGAAGCAGCUGUGUGGUUUUCUGGAGAGUCCAGACUGUAGACUGGAGACUCUGGAGUGAGUUCACUGUCUGUUACUGUUGUAGAUCUGAUAUGUUUAAUCACCAACUGAAUCUAAUUCAUGUUCAUCCAGAACUUUCCUCCAUGAAUCUGUAAAUGUCCUUUAGUUCAAGACGACUUCACUGAAGUUGUAGUGACGACUCGACCAAAAUAAAGUGGCAGAGACAAGGGUUGUCUGUAUUAGUUGGACACGCUGUUCAAAGAUACGCCAAGAAUCCCCCAAAUACUUUGAAUUCAUUUAUUAAAGGAACAGAAGACUAAUGUGCACAAAAUCUAUACAAAAAAUACACAAAAGUGAUCAAUGAAGCAAAACGUGGUCAACAAAAAGUACGGCGUCCCCGUGCCCUCACCCACUUUCCUUGUUUUAAACCCAGCUGCUGUGUAAGUGAACAGGUGAUAAUAAUAACUAAUUAUCUCUGCCCACACUGAUGUGACCUAACCACCAUGAUUGAAAGACAACAACAUAUCAGAACCAAAAAUAACCCAAAUACAUACCAUACAAAAUAAGGGAUUCACAAUUCAUCAGACUUCCUCAUGCCUCCAGAGCCGGCCCAAGCCUCCAUGGGGCCCGGAGCUAAAUUAGAUUUUGGGGCCCUCUGUUUCUGCCAAUAAUAUUGAUGGUUGAUAUGCACACACCUACUAUAAACUCAUUGCAGCUCUGAUCAUCCUAUUGUCAGUCUGACAUGUUUUUACACAUCUAUGCUGAUUUUGUUGCAACAAGCACAGUCAAAACUACUCUGACUCAGUUCAAAUAUACAAACAUUACAACUUUUGAUUCAUUAGGUUUGGUUUCAAAAAAUAAUUUAUAGUGGAACAAGAAAUAAAUCAGAAAAUAAACAAUAAAAUAUCAACAAACACUUAAAUGACAUGAGUUCUCUGAAAGAAUGAAACAAGAACGGUUUAAAAACAUAAAGUUGA